UGUGAAGUCACCCUUUGCAUGAUAGCCCUAACACCAGUUCAGUGCAGGAAUAAAAAACAAACUUCAUGUGAGAAAUAAUUUGAUACCGUGUAUUGAAUUUUUAAGCCGACAACUAUUAAAUAUAUUGUACUUGACUAUUAAUAUACCACAAAGAUGUGAAACGCUAAAUAAUAUUUUUGAUACGACAUCGCGGUUUAUUCUGUUUGAUUAUGUAAUGCCCUUGAGCAACAAUACUUCCACGCGGAUAAAAAAAGUAUUAUUUGGUACGAAAAAUCAAACAAUUGUUGAAGAUAGUAUUCCAAAAAAGAAUCAAUUUUUAACGAUUGCGGCUGCUUUACCAAUUUUACCAGGUGCGCCGAUACCUCCAAAGCUGUCAAAGCGUUACAAUUCAUUUAGUUGUACUGGAACCCAGUUUGAAAUUGAAAAUGCAGAAGCUGAAGGAUGUGAAGUGGUUACAUUACAAUGGAAAGGAGAAACGAAAACGAUUGUGGCAUCGAGAACUUCUGCCGAACGAGAAAAGAACCCUGAUAGAAUAUGUCUCGAUAGGCGAGGUCUGACAACGUUUCCUAAUGUCAUUGGAGAACCCAAAUUGCGAUUAAUGUCUCUUCAGCAUAAUCUAUUAACCAAGAUUGAGAACUCUAACUUCUCUCAAUUGACAAAGCUUGUAUUUCUUGAUUUAUAUGAUAAUCAAAUAGAGAAAGUAUGCGAUUUUCAUCUUUUAGAAAAUUUAAGGGUUCUUUUACUAGGAAAAAAUAGAAUAAGAAAAAUUGAAGGUUUAAAACAACUUUUGAGAUUGGAAGUUUUAGAUUUCCAUGGUAAUCAAAUUCAGCAAAUUAUGGGUUUGGAGAAUUUAUCAUCGUUAAAGAUAUUAAAUUUAGCGGGAAAUAACAUUAAAACUAUAGGGUGCAAUGAUUUUCAAGGUUUAAUUUCGUUAAAAGAACUGAAUUUGCGUCGGAAUAAAUUAAAGAAAUUGCUGGGAUUUGAUGAGACAUCUCAAUUACAGAAAUUAUAUUUAAGUAACAAUGAUAUUCAUAAGUAAGUAUUUUGACAAGUUUAAUUUAAUUUGUAGCUAAAUGUUUAUUCAAUUACACGUGCUUACAAGUGUAUGUAUUUAUACUUAAGAAAAAAAUGUUUUGGUCUUUGUAUUUGUAUAUGGACUUGCUUCAUAUUGUAAAUUGUGAUUAAAGCCGGGUUGGAAAAUAA